AUGAAAGGCCGAAAAUCCGAGAAUGGUUCGAAGCUUCACUUCCCUGCACCAAUUCGGGAUUACCAAGCAGAAUCCACUAUCUCCGAGAUGUUGAAGGAUAGGAAAUUUUCAAAUGGAUUCCGUAUCACCAUCGACAAUAUUGUCAACCAUGUUUUGAAGCGAUCCGAGGCUUUCUCCGACAUCGGGAUCGGCAUCAACAUCGAUUAA